AUGGCGAAGUGGGGACAGGGUGAUCCGAGGUGGAUAGUUGAAGAAAGAGAUGAUGCAACUAAUGUGAACAACUGGCAUUGGAGUGAGAAAGAUGCCUCUAAAUGGUCAAAAGGAAUAUUUGAGGAACUAUUUUUAGACUUAAAAUUUGAAACCGUAGAAGGUAACUGUAUUACGACGAAGAUUCUCAGUGCUGAUGGCGAUGCUACCGUUAGUAACCGUAAAGCAAAACUUAUUACUCUCUAUGAUUGGCAAUUGAAAAUCGAAUGGAAAGGAAAACUUAAAGAUGAUGACGAUGAAAUUAAUGGAAAAAUUUCCAUCGACAAUUUUGGUGAAGAGUACGACGUAGACGAAAUUGAUAUAACGGUAACCACCCAAACAAGAGACGAGGCAUCCAAGACACUACGAAACAUCGUAGAGAAAUAUGGAAUCGUGAUGAUAAGAGAAAAAAUUCGUGAAUACAUUAAAAAGCUGAAAGAAGAAUUCUCUCGAGGACUAAUACUUCCAACGUCUGGAAAAUCUGGCUCUUCUAGCAAGACUAGUCCAUCUCAUAAGCCAUCUUCUGCAAGUUCAUCAAAUAAGACCUCAUCGAAGCCUAAGGAUAGUACAUCAACUGGAAGCGAUACGAGUUCAUCCAAAGAUAAGAUUGACACAAUGAAAUUAACAAUGAAGGAUGAAUUUAAAACAACUGCGGAAGAAUUAUUUAUGACCCUAAUAACUGAACAAAGAGUUUCCGCCUUUAUGCGCAGUGAGUCAAUGGUUGAUUCUAAGGAAGGUGGUACAUUUUCUCUACUAGAUGGAAAUAUAACUGGCAAAUUCCUAGAACUGACUCCUCAUUCGAAAAUUGUACAGACAUGGCGUUUUAAGUCUUGGCCUGAAGGACAUUUCUCUAAAGUUACUAUUAGCAUUACUCAGGAAGACGAUUGUACAAAAUUAAAUUUGGUUCAAUCAGGUAUACCAGCAACCGAUAUCGAUCGAACAAGAGAGGGAUGGAAAAGGUAUUACUGGCAAAGUAUGAAAGAUACAUUCGGUUACGGAUCUAGAAUUUAUUAA